UGUGUCCCUGUGGCUAAAGGGUCAAGACAUAGCUAUUCCCGCUGGUGAGAGCCCUGCUUGCUCAGGGUAAGGAGCUGGUUUCAUCCCUAAGGCUGAGUCUCCGUGAACCUGCAUUCUAGGCUGAGUGAUGCACAGGUCCCAUGGACUCCGCUGGUGGGCCAAGCUUCCCUUCUGGGCUGCUCUCAGGGGGCACUUCUCCUAGUGGCGAUGAAGGAUUUUUCCCCUUUGUGCUGGAGCGCCGAGACUCCUUCCUGGGAGGGGGCCCAGGGCCAGAGGAACCAGAGGACCUGGCCCUGCAGCUACAACAGAAGGAGAAGGACCUAUUGCUGGCCGCCGAACUUGGCAAGAUGCUUCUGGAACGCAACGAGGAGCUUCGGAGGCAGCUGGAGACGCUGAACACUCAGCACUUGGAGCGCGAAGAAAGGCUGCAGCAGGAGAACCAUGAGCUCCGCCGUGGACUGGCAGCCCGGGGUGCCGAGUGGGAGGCCAGAGCUGUGGAGCUGGAGGGAGACGUGGAAUCCCUGCGAGCACAGCUCGGGGAACAGCGGUCGGAGCAUCAGGACAGCGGGCGAGAGCGAGCAAAGGCCCUGAGUGAACUCAGCGAGCAAAACCUCAGGCUCAGCCAGCAGCUGGCCCAGGCCUCCAGGACCGAGCAAGAACUGCAGAGGGAGCUUGAUACCCUUAGGGGACAGUGUCAAACUCAGGCCCUCGCAGGGGCGGAGCUGAGAGCCCGGCUGGAGAGUCUGCAGGCAGAGAACCAGAUGCUUCAGGAUCGCAGGCAGGACCUAGAGGCCCAGAUCCGAGGCCUUCGUGAAGAAGUGGACAAAGGCCAAGGCAGGCUACAGGCCACACAUGAGGAGCUGCUGCUGCUUCGGAGAGAGAGAAAAGAGCACAAGCUGGAGCUGGAACGCGCUCGCUUCGAAGCUGGAGAGGCACUGAGCACGCUGCGGAGGCUGCAGCGGCGGGUCUCGGAACUGGAGGAGGAGUCGCGACUCCAGGACGCCGAAGUGUCGGGUGCUUCCCUGCAGACCGAGCUUGCCCACAGCCUUGACAGCGACCAGGACCAAGAUCAGCAUUUCAACGAGUGCGGAGGCGCCCAGACCAUCUUGUCCCCGGAGACUGAAGACGAAUCCAGUCCCCAGGCUUCAAUCCAGGAAGAGAACUUGGAGCCGCCUAAGAAGCGAGCAUCUCUGAGCCCAGGGGAGAUACUGGAGGAGAAGGAGGCAGAAGUGGCCAGACUGCAGGAUGAGAUGGCGCUGCACCGCACAGAGAUACAGUCCUUGAGGGAUGAGCUGCAGCGACAGAAGGAGUUGAGGGCGCAGGACAAUCCCGAGGAAGCCCUGAGCUGUGCGCUCUCUGACCGGGACGAAGCAGUGAACAAAGCCUUGAAGCUGUCGCUGGAGCUCAGCCGUGUCUCCCAAGAGCGGGAUUCUCUGUCCCGGGAGCUGCUGCGCGCCAUCCGCCAGAAGGUGGCGCUGACGCAGGAGCUCGAGGCUUGGCAGGAUGACAUGCAGGUGGUGAUUGGACAGCAGGUGCGGUCCCAGCGCCAGAAGGAGCUCAGUGAGACUGCAGCGGGCCCACGACGGGCAAAGACCCGCUUUUCACUGCGCCUGGGAUCCGGACAGAAUGGAGGCUUUCUAAGCAACCUUUUCCGAAGGACCUGAGGGCUGGACAGCAGGGCUAUCUUUUCUUACUCUGAGCUGCUUUCCUAACAGUUGAUGGAACCACAGGGCCUGAAUGACUUCCAAGGGAGGCCAUUGUCUUCUGUGCCCAAGAGGUGGGCAGAGGCAAUUUGGGAGCAGGGGCCAGCUUUGGGGCAGAAGCCCAUGGUGGGUGGCGGGGCAGAACUGUUUAUUUUUUUUCAAAUCUGUAUAGGUCUAUGUUUUCUAAGCACCAGGCCCUGCCCUAUUUUGGGAGAGAGGUGGGGACGGGUAUUUAUGUGUAAGGAUAAGUCAGAGCAAUAUAUAAAUCACUAUACU